AUGCAUGUACGUACUUCUUACGUCUCUCAUUCGAAAGGUCAUGUCGACGUCGACAUCAAUUCCCACGCCAAGCCCACCUACACAGAGAUCCUCGUAUCCAUCAUCAUCGGAUUUUUCAUGGUGGUCGCCGUCCAUUUUCGCCUCAAGAAAAUCCGGGAUCAAAGGUUUGCGCCGCGGAUAAGGACCACCGACAAUGGCCAGGUUAUCAGCAUCGAAAAGUUCUCUCACUACGUAGCGAGACAAAUGGGGUUCUCGGACAGGAGGCAAUGCCCAAACCUCUGCAAAUUGGCUUCGGAUUAUAUCCGCAAAUCUGAGGGAUCUGAAGAAGACAUGUAUGAGUUCUUCUCGAGCGAGCCGGGCGUUGAUUCCCUCUUCAUUAAAUUGGUCGAAGAGUUCGAGAGAUGCAGCCUCAGUUACUUCGCCUUUCAUUGGAGACACGCUUCCUAUAUGAUCAGCCAGGUGUUGGGAGGCGCCGAAUCCGGGCCGAAGAAGAAGCUCAAGCACAUUGUCAUGGCGGCAACAAGAGAACAGAGAUUCGAGAGGGUGACUAAGAACCUGAAGGUGACGCGAGUGUUUAACACGCUGGUGGAGGAGAUGAAGGCGAUUGGUCUCGUGUGCCUUGACGAUUCGCAGUGCACAAAUGUGAUGGUUCCCAUGGCUCAUAAAGACAGAAGCCCUGUUCUCCUCUUUAUGGGUGGUGGGAUGGGAGCCGGCAAGAGUACCGUGCUAAAGGACAUUCUGAAAGAGCCAUUCUGGGCUGGAGCAUCCGGAAAUGCUGUUGUUAUCGAGGCAGAUGCCUUCAAAGAGUCGGACGUCAUCUACAGAGCCCUUAGCUCAAGAGGGCACCACGACAUGCUUCAAACUGCUGAACUGGUGCACCAAUCAUCUACAGAUGCGGCAUCAUCUCUCUUGGUCACAGCACUUAAUGAAGGGCGAGAUGUGAUCAUGGAUGGCACCCUUUCAUGGUUACCAUUUGUUGUGCAAACAAUAACCAUGGCAAGGAAUGUUCAUCGCCGCCGAUACAGAAUGGGAGCCGGCUACAGAGUAGACGACAGUGGAGUUGUAACUGAAAACUACUGGGAGCAAAUUGAUGAAGAACAAGAGCACGAUGGAACUAAAAGAAGAAGACCCUACAGAAUAGAGUUGGUUGGCGUUGUCUGUGAUACUUACUUAGCAGUCAUUCGAGGCAUCAGGAGAGCUAUCAUGAGUAGAAGAGCUGUGAGGGUCAACUCACAGCUGAGAUCACAUAAGAGAUUUGCAGAUGCAUUUAAAACAUAUUGCCAGUUAGUAGACAAUGCUCGAUUGUACAGCACCAAUGCAUUGGAAGGCCCUCCCAAGUUGAUAGGAUGGAAAGACAAGGAAAAGAACUUGUUGGUCGACCCAGAUGAGAUAAAUUGCCUGCAAAUGGUAAGCAGGUCGAAUGAAGAAGCAGAGAACAUUUAUGAGCUCUACAAGAAUCCAAACCCGGCUUUUGAAGCAGGCUCAGUUUGGCAUGACAUAGUUUUGUCACCCUCACGGACAAACAUUCAGAAAGAGCUCAAAUACGCUAUCCAGAAAAUUGAGAGACUGAGAGAAUAA